UUUCUUUUAAAUCUCUAUCAGGACUACCGCGCACUCAACACGCGCGGCUCACGACACAGUCAACUGUCGCGACUCUCCCGGCAUUUAUAGGAACACGGAGGUGGGAACAUGGAGAUGAACGGCCGGAGGGCGCGAUCGAUGGUGCUGCCAUCUUCUCGUCGAGGCUGCUGGGUCGGCCCUUCACCGCCGCGGGAGACGGCAGCGCCUGGUCAAGUCCGGAUCUAACAUGGCGGCCAACGCCACCACUAACCCUUCGCAGCUCUUGCCGCUCGAGCUUGUGGACAAGUGCAUAGGUUCACGCAUCCAUAUCGUGAUGAAGAGUGAUAAAGAAAUUGUUGGAACGCUUCUAGGGUUUGAUGACUUUGUCAAUAUGGUGUUAGAAGAUGUUACAGAAUUUGAGAUUACACCUGAAGGCAGAAGAAUCACGAAGCUAGACCAGAUUUUGCUAAAUGGAAAUAAUAUAACAAUGCUGGUUCCUGGAGGAGAAGGACCUGAAGUAUAAAUUGAUACGGUUGUCAUCUGUGAAGACAUGUUAUAUGUUUGUGUGUGUAUAUAUAUAUAUAAUAUAUAUAUUCUAAAUAGAGCCUUUGGGAUAUGAGUGUCAGUGGGUUUUGGCAUGGGCUGUUUGUUGGGUUUUUUAGUUACACACUCUUGCAGUUGACAUUUGAUAAAAGGCAAGGAUUUCACCUUCAGGAAAGGUACAUUGCUAACGGUAAUGCUGACCUUGUGAGUUGAAUCAUGACUUUUUUGUAAAAACAUACCAAUCUGUUCUGAAUAAAAUGCUUUCUUUUUGUUA